AUGAUGGGUCGAUCGCUUUCAUAUGUUUUCGAGAGGUUAUUUGUUCUUGUUUUAGUGGUCAAUACUGUUUAUCUAGCUAGCUGCUAUGUGCACUUUUCAGAGAAUGGUAUCGUCUUUAAAGAUAACCUGAAGGGAGAAGUGCAGCUGGUCAAUGUGGACAUGGAUGCGAAUAAUCCUCUGGCAGAGUCAGGUACUAAUAGCAUAGAUUACUCGAAAGAGAUUGAUGAGUUAUUGAAGGACGUCAAAAAAAAUAAGGAGCGUUAUUGGAUGGUGGACACUAAGUUGAAGGACACGAAGUUGACGAUUAAUCCAUACUUAUUCUUGAAUGAGUCAAAGGACGAAAAUGCAUGGGUUAAUCAAAAUACCUUGUUUUAUGACCCUAGGCUCACGUUGUCGCUAUAUCUUAACUAUAUUAGGACAGAAUAUAAAAAGGGGAAUUUGCUUGAGGACAUUGAAGUUCCUUUCAAUUGGGCAGAUUGGGUUGAUUUGACUCUCUUAAAUGAUGAGUUAAGCAGGCCCAUGAAAAGAAGAAAAGAUUGCGAUUGGUUCAAGAAAUUCACACUCGUGAAUCAAAAUGUCCCUGCUUCAAGGUUGAACUGUAUCUCCAACAAGGACAUUACACCCAAGCUUUUGAACAGUUUGGGAUUUUCCAGACAUGAGCAACUUCCUGGGUUCAUUAGCGUAGACUAUAGUCCAUUCUUUUCGUUCCACAAAGUACGAUUGAUGCAUGCUAAGACAUACACUUACACUGUUCUUCCGAAUCCUAAGGGAUUGAUAUUUUUGAACAAAAAAGGUGGUACUUUUGAGGUCAAUAUUGAAAAAGGCGAUUCAAAGAGAAGUAUCAUUAAAAGUGGGAUGGUGCGGGAGUACAUGAAAAACAAGUUAGAAGGACAUAAUGCUGUGAAGAACUUGAAAGAGACUUUAUUUGGUCAUAAGAUGGUCGUAGAUCCCGUAAAGGAAUUUCGCCAACUCGUGAAAGAUGUUAAACCCACAGUUUUGGAACAAUCAAAUGAUCCAGCAAAGAUGUAUCAAGUUUUACAUGCUAAGAAUGCAUCAAAGGAGUUACACUUAACUCGUGAUAUGUUUCGUUAUACCAAAGAUAAUAUAAGAGAGCAGAUAUUGAAAAUAGAAGAAUUACAAGAUAAAAGGCAAUUAACUACAUACGAAGAGGGUUAUCUCGAUUCCUUAUAUUUAUCAAAGGAAGCUAAUACAAAUACGGAAGUAACAUACUUUAAGCAGGCUGUCCUUGAGGUACGCCGUGACAAGUUGAAUACAAAAAGAGAUCAUGGAUAUCAUUACGACUGGAGAUUUUUUAAUGGAGCAUUAUCCUAUCCUCGCGCAGGUUGGAACGAUCAAGAGUUGGUACUGAGGACAAAUAUUAUUUUAGAUAGGUUGUUGAGAACCUGGUUUCGUUUUGCGGAAGAGAAGGGCUUAGUGUCUUGGAUAAUGCAUGGUCCUCUUUUGUCUUGGUUUUGGAAUGGGUCUAUGUUUCCCUUUGAUGAUGAUAUAGAUAUUCAAAUGCCAAUCAGCGAACUUGCUAGACUCGGUAAGCUUUAUAACCAAACUUUGGUUAUUGAAGAUAUUGAAGAAGGGUAUGGCAAAUAUCUAGUUGAUGUCGGAACCUACAUUCAUAAUAGGGACAUCAGCAAAAAGGCUAACCACAUCGAUGCUAGAUUUAUUGAUGUGGACACAGGUAUGUACAUCGACAUAACCGGAUUGGGAGUAAGUGAUGCUGAAGUUCCUCUGAACUACUACAAAGAUGGCAUUAUUAGCCGACCGGAAGGGGAACAAAAAGUAGAAACAUUUAAUGAUAGGAGAAAACAUUGGUAUACUUUUGAUCAAAUUCUGCCUUUGAAGUAUACCAUGAUUAGCGGUAUUCCUACAUUCGUUCCCAAUGAUAUUCCUAGAAGAUUGACAUUUGAAUAUCCCGAUGGCAUUUCUAGACCGGAAUAUUCAAACUGGCAUUUCAUACCAAAGUUAAACAUGUGGCUCCAGGAAAGUCAACUUCUUUCCGCCUUUGAUGAGAAUGAUUUUAGAAAAUUCUACAAAGAUGUUCCUUUGGGUGUCGAUAAGCAAAAGUUGAUGAAGCUUAUUUUAGAAGUAACUGAUGAACAAGUUUAUAAAUUAUUAAAGAGUGAUGAUGCGAUCUUAUCUGAAUACUACUUGACGAAGCAACUUACUGAAUUACAUAAUAUUGAAUCUGCAUAUUUAUUUAACGCUAAAAAUGAAGAUGGGUCGCUUCAUUAUGAAUCGAAUGAAAAGCUUUUGAAAGAUCCAGCAUUUAAGGCUAAAUACGAUCGUUUUGUGGAAGAUAAUGUUAAAAUCCAUAAGCCAAUUAGAAAGUCAUUAUUUCAGUUCGAAAAAAUCGAGCGUCCAUUGCAUCACAAGAGAUAA